CAUCGUUUUAUUGGCAACCUCUAUCUUCAACGACGCAUUCAUCCGUGGACGCUUUGGACCUAAGAAUCAACUCAGGUUUGCUGUCCACUUAUAGUACUACUCGUAAGCGCUUCUGCGAGUUUUUGCCAGACCGGUAGCUGUAUGUGCUACUCACUGUGAUGGGGUCCCCGGUAUCAGAUAUGAAGCUUCCAUCAUCCCCGCUUCCUAGUCACUUUCCCAUACAUGCGGCAACCGAUGGUGACAGAUAUACAGUGUAGCGCCUUUUGUCUCCUCCCACCACAUUCGCACUGCUACGCUUUUUUCCGAACAAUGGAUCCCCUCUCCCUCCUAACGGGUAUUCCGGACCUCAUCGAGCGAUGCAUCCAAGGCUACGACUUAUUCCAAGGAAUCAAGAACGCGCCAAAGGCGUGCUCGGAGCUGAUGGAGGAACUCAAAGUAGCACGUACCAGGUUAGAGGAGCUGCAGGAAUAUGGUAGCAGAGUGGAGGACAAGGAGAAGGUGAAACUGUCCACGUCGGUGGAGAAUUACGUGACUACUUUGGAUAAGUUGGAUGCCACUUUGAAAGUGUACGGUGACCCAAAGUUCAAGUUUAACAUCAAGAGACGUGCCAAGUGGGUGUGGUCAGGCGAGAAGAAAAUCAAGGCACUUCGCGAUGAUCUAAAGCAAAAUUCUGGACUUUUGCAGCCUCUGCUGGUCACAAUAAAGAAAGAUAUUGACGAUAUGAAGAAGCGCCAGCAGGAAGCUGAUACCAAGAAGGCAGCCGAGGAACUAAGGAAGGCAUCCAAGGAACUAACCGAACGUCUCCAGAAGGUGGUGAAAUGGCUGGAGCCUCUAAAUUCCGAGGCGAAACUGCGAAAAGUGCGCGAACGGCGCCAGUCCGAAACAUGCGAAUGGUUGCGUGAGCAUGGCCGAUUUGUCUCGUGGUAUUCGUCUGGUUCUACAUUUCUGUGGCUGAAUGGUAUACCGGGCAAUGGCAAAACGGUUCUUGCAUCUUUUACCAUCGACCAUUUGAAGGAUCAUGUCACCCACGAAGAGAUUGUUUUGUUUGCUUUCGCAGACUUCCAGGAUGUGCGAAGCACCGAUAUAGUCGUAUUGCUGCGCACACUACUUGCGCAGAUUCUCGAGCGCUACAAACCAGAGGACUUUGUCAAGGACUUCGGCGAGUUGGAGACGUCCAUGCAUCAGUACCAUGCAGAUCCGCCCAAAUCUGUCAAUUAUCUUAUUCAGUUGCUGAAAAACGCGAGUGCGCCUUGGAAGCGCAUCUUCGUCGUCCUCGAUGCUCUUGAUGAGUGCGUGCAGGAAAAUCGGAGAGAAUAUAUAGCGGCAAUUCAUGACCUGGCGUCUGCAAGUUCCAAAUUUUCCAUCUUUGUGACUAGCAGAGGGGAGCAGGACAUCUUGGAUGUUCUGAGCGGUGCCCCAACUAUCUCUCUCGUGGACGAAACUCAGAAAGUUCAGGAUGAUAUACAGAGAUUCAUCGAGGACAAGAUGAACACUUCUUAUCUCUCGCUUACGCAUUUUCAUGAAUCGGUUCGUACACGCAUCACAUCGACUCUUCUGGAGAAGUCCAAGGGCAUGUUCCGCCUGGUCGACUGUCAACUGGAAUCCUUAGCAAAAGCGAAAUUCGAAAAGGACAUCGAUAAUAUACUCCGAAAUCUUCCUACCGACUUAAAUUCGAUGUAUGAAAGGAUCCUUCAAAGCGUCGAAGGAGAGGGCCAGGGAGCCGUGCAAAUAGUCCAGCGUAUGCUUUGGUGGUUGGUGGGAUCGCAUCGACAGCUGCGUCUUACGGAACUCAUGGAGGCUGUCAUGGUAGAAACAGGAAGAGGCUCACCGAACACGGACCUGAAGCCUUUGAGCGGUGAACAUCUUUUGGAGAUGUGCUCAAGCCUGAUCCGCUACGACGUCAAGACGGAUAUUCUGGUAUUAUCCCAUGCCUCUGUGCAGGAUUUUUUAUUUUCAGACCAUCUUAAACGAACAGCGCAUCAUUCAAACUUCCAUAUUCCAUCAUUCUCAUUCCUGCGCCGACAUACCACUAGCCUCAUUUUGGCGUAUCUUCACUAUGAGGAUUUCCAGAAUGGGCCAUGUACAACAGAGCAACAAUUUCUCGAGCGCUUGGAACAACAUCCUUUCCUUGUCUACGUCGUUUCAAACUGGGAUGUGCACAUUCUCAAAACGUAUGAAACAGGCCCUGAGUCGGAUGAGCCUCCUGACUUUAACAAGCUCAUUACCCUCUUCAAUGACUCGGAGAAGAACCAACUCGCUCAGCGUUCGCGCAGACAAGUCUCCUAUUUUGGCACAGACCUGAGAGGUGCCACGAAGGACGGUUCCUCCAAGUUGGUGUGGCAGAGCCUUGAUGACAACGACGAUUAUUAUUUUGAAAGAAAAAUUUUCUAUUUCGGCAGAGAGAGUAUGAAAUAUUUCAGAGAAUAUAGAGCGCAGAGAUACGAUCUAUGUGAAGACAUUGGCAGUUUCGUCCGUCCGCGUCAUUGCGCUGGGCCAUCUUGGGUAGCGACUGACGAAGGACUUCUGCAAAACCAUCCAUGGCGAGACCUGUCAAAUACCACCUCCAUUGAAGAGCUGGAUUAUAUGGUCUAUCCUCUCGUGUCUGAGGGGCCAGCGUCGUUGGUACGGGACCUCCUACACAAACUUCCCCAGUUCAAAGAGCGCCCGUUAUUCUACUUUGGAACACCCUUGAUGAUUAGCAUUUCUACCGGCAAGCUAGACACCGUGAAAAUUCUUUUACAAGAAUUUCAGGUCGACGUGAAUACUUGUGCUCGGCAUCAUGAUUGCAAUUAUGAAGUUGUGUCACCCAUCUUCCUUGCCACCAAGUAUGGACACGUUGAAGUGGUUAAGCAACUUUUGGAUUGCGGCUCGGACACUGUAUUUCCCCCUGAGCCUUGGCCCCAGUCGUUCCCGGAACAUGAACCAGAGGACGGCCAUUGCGACAUCAUCAUUGGAGCCGCUGAUCACGGUCGCGUAGACAUUCUUAAAGUUUUACUCGAUCACGGAGUCGAUGUGAAUACUAGGUCCAGUAUCAGUGGCAAUACCGCCUUGCAUGUGGCCGUUAGAUAUGGCCGUAUUGACAGUGUCAAAGUCCUCAUCGAUGCAGGCUGCGAUAUCAGUCCUUGUUCUAAGGGGAAGACUCCCCUUGAUCUCGCUCUGAACCAACAGUCUUCGGAAAUUGUCCGAUAUCUGUUUGAAAAGGGUGCUUCAUUUGAUCAAUGCUUACCUCAGAAUUUUGAGGACCUGGGGUGGGCAGUUGGAGAGCCAUGGUACCCAGAGAUGCGACAGUAUCCGAUGACACUGUCUGGAGGUGGCCCCAAGUCGCAGCAGGAUAUCGAGAAAAUAGUGCGCCUCUUGGAAAAACGGCUUUCUUCACCAAAACAGCAUAUCGUCCGGGCUAUCCUUGAUUUUGCCGAAUUGUGGAUUGUGAAUUCUGUUGAACGACAUGAGCCUGUCGACAUCUGGGACGGCUCCCCUCGUAAACCUUAUAUCUCUACAACACCGAUUGCGGGUAGCCCAGAGAACCCGGUUCGAUGCAUCGUCUUCACGACAUUAUCCCAUGGUGAGCAAGGAUGGCACACAGAGCAUGCCGGAGGCUUAUAUUCUGGUUCAUAUACUUGGUUUGAAGCCGGGGUAGAGUCCAGCCCUAGCAUGUUCAUGCGAAUUCAGGAUAAUGUCCAUGCUGAUAAACAGAUUCGGACUCAUGUCAAUGUGUGGGACUAUCAGGAUGCCCUAUCUUCCAUCAAGGAAUGGAUGGCCAAAAUCAAACCGGGGGAUACGAUCUCUGUUUACCCGAGAGUGGGAAUGCCCGGCUGGGCCAAUUAUGUGGAGAGUAUCAAGAUAACGGUGUAUACGUCCUACAUCUAAGCAAGUAGUAUACCUAUGCCUGAUAUGUGUUUAUGGGUCCCCUUUCCUUUCUGUUUCUUCUACUUGAUACUUGUCUGAGAUUCCCUCAUGAUGUGGUGCCGUGCCUCGUAAGGCAGAUUCAUUGGUUCAUCACAAUGCAUGGCUAUGUAUAGGUCCCUGAAUGAAGAUUUUUUUGGUCCAUAUUA